AUGAAGUCCAUUGUCUUGGUGAUACUCUGCCUGGCGGUUGCCAGCCAGGGACGUGUGCUGCAGCCGCCCAAGGAGGCCAUCGAUAUACCCGUGACGAUCAUCGAGGAUAAGGAGCCGCCCUUGGCCCUGGCUUUGGUGAAAGAAGAGGCCAAGCCGAUCGUCGAGGAAGCCCUGCCCAAAGAGGCUACCAAACCGAUCGUGGAAGAGCCUGCCAAGCCGAUCGUCCAAGAGCAGGCCAUACCCAUCAUCGAUGCUCCCAAGCCGAUCAUUGAAGAGGCUCUGAAAACGAUCAUUGAAGAGGCUCUUAAAGAGGAGUCCAAGCCGAUCAUUGCAGAGGCAUCCAAGCCCAUCCUUGAAGAGCCCAAGGUUCAGGAGAAGUUGGAGGAGGAAGAAGAGAUCAAGCCUGAAAUCAAAGAAGAACUGAUCAAAGCCGAAGAGAUCAAGCCUGUGAUCAAGGAGGAAGAGAUCAAGCCCCUGAUCAGUGAGGCUGAAGCCAUCAAAGAGGAGCCAAAACCUGUCGAAGAGCCGGUCCAGACCAUUCUCAAGGCCCUGCCCGCCGAAGACACCGUUGUAGUGCCCGCCGAAGGAGUCGAUGCCAGUCCCGUGGUCGAGGAUCAGGCCGAUCUGGGAGAUCACGGACAGCCCCAUCUGCGGCAGGCCACCCAGGCCACGCCCACGCAGCAGAGCACCACCCAGGGGAACUUUGUGCAGCAGCUCAUCCAGAACUCGCCCAUUGGACAGUUCCUGAAUCAGUUCCAGCCCCAGCAGCCGGCCCAGCAGCCAGCCGUACAGCAGUUGGCUGCCGAUGAAGCCGCCCAACCCACGCCGGCGCCCACAAUUCCCGGUUUCCUGAACCCCGCACAGGCCAUCACCUCCGCCCAGCAGGCAGUGCAGAGCGCAGCCCAAUCUGUGGUGAACUCCACCACUCAGGCCUUCCAGGGUAUCCAGCAGUUCGCCAGCAAUCUGGGCAAUCAGUUCCAGAGCACGCUCACGGGGCUGACCAACCCAGGCUCCACCACGCCCCGUCCACCAGGCCCCAUCCAGCAGUUCGUGAGCAACAUCUUUGGCGGUGGCAACAACGCCACUGCCGCCGCUCCAGCCCAGCAGCAGCAGAACCAGAAUCCCCUGCAGGGCAUCAUCAAUUUCCUGGGCGGCAACCGCCCACAGAAUGCCCCCGCUGUGGUGGCCUCGCCAGUGACAGAGGCUCCGGCCAAGCCCGAGGUGGAUGACAAGAUCGAUCCUGCCAGCGAUGAUGUGGCGGAGUUUGUCCCCGAGUCGGAGGACCAGAACGAGGUGCGUGCCAGCGGAGAGGCCAUCGAUGAUUCGUUCGAGGAGGCCAUUCCCACCAACGAGGUGAUCGUGGUCAAUGACGAUGCCAGCGAUGGCCGGGAGGUGCUCGUCGAUACCAUUGUCCAGCCCCUGCCAGUGGCUGCUGUCGAUGCAGUGGCUCUCUAG